AUGCCGCCGGUCGACGUGGUAUCGUCGCCCACUUCUCCCGUCCUGAGCCCGACACACGAGGACAGCCUCACCUCCGACCUCAAGCCAAGGCUUGUCCACACCUUGAAUCAUGGGAGCACGGUUUUGGCUCUGGCUGUGAGUCCGGGCGACGACCGAAUUUACGCUGGUACCCAAGAUGGCGAAAUUGUCGCUUGGUCCUUGACCACCUUUCAACGGGUACACACGAUCCAAGCUCACAAACGAAGCGUCCUUUCUCUAUCCGUGCUCUCCGAUGCCUCCUUACUCUUCUCGAGUGCCGGCGACCCGAUAAUCAAUGUGUGGUGCCCCAAAAGCCUAACGAGGCUGUACGAGAUCUAUAGCAUCCACGACGCCGGGGAUAUCUUCUGUACCGCGUACAGUCCCCAGCACGAUACAUUAUAUCUAGGGGCACAGAAUUCAUCCAUCCAGUGGAUCCAGUUGAGCGAUUCAGAUGCCAAGGUGUCUCCCGACUCUCAACGACACCCCAACAGAAGGGCCCAUCGUUUCUUCGAUUCUAAAGCAGUUGGUGGCUCUGCCACACCACGCAGGACCGAUGGGAGAUGGAGUCUCAUCCCGAAACCAAAGACUGUUUUGGAAAUUGAUAGCGGUGCGGUCCGUAACUUUGCCCACAAUGGGUAUGUCUACUGCAUGCUCAUGGCCAAGGGCCCGACAAUUGGAGCAAACGCCGACUCUGACGUACUCAUCUCUGGGGGCGGUGAUGGGACAAUCAAGUUGUGGAGUCUGGUCAGCAAAGCUCAAGAUACCCAGGACAAUGUUGGUGGUAUAAAGGAAAUCAUGACCCUUGGGACAGAUAACGCAGAUUCUGUCUUCUCCCUGGCGAUCGAUGGGUCGUUUCUUUACGCUGGGAAGCUUGACGGCAUUGUAGAAUUGUGGGAUCUAGAUACCACCCAAAAAUUACGUGUCAUCAAAGCCCACGAUUCCGAUAUCAUGGCUCUCCAGAUGGGAUGGGGCUUCCUCUGGACGGCUUCCAGCGACGGCUGGUCUGGUAAAUAUAGCACUGCCCAUUAUGGCAAAUACCAGCAGUCGGCUGCAUUAGGCAAAGUCAACCAGAAAUACAAGUGCCUCAGCCGAUGGAAAGCUCACCAAGGCAAAAUCCUUGCUUCUGCAACGACCUCCUUUAGCGACGAGCAACUCUUCAUUACGGGAGCCAAUGACAACAACAUCUCUAUAUGGACGUUUGAAGAUCUCUGCCAAUCUGUUACUUCAAUCGAACAAAGCACAGAUGCUCUGUUGUCCACUCUCAAAGACUUUGUUGCUUUUAAAAGUGUUUCGUCGCGGCCCGAGUAUGCUGAAGACUGUCACAAGGGCGCAACUUAUCUCGGAGCUCUCUUUAAGCGGCUCGGUGGUCAAGUUGAGAUGCUGCGUACCAAUGCAUCACACAACCCAGUCGUGUAUGCUCGCUUUUCCGGGAAAACAGAAAGAUCUGACAGCAGAAAGCAAAUCCUUUUCUACGGGCACUACGACGUCGUGGCCGCCGACAACAGGAAGGGUACUUGGACGAAUGAUCCGUUCACGCUUACAGGCACGAAUGGCUACCUGUACGGCCGAGGAGUGAGUGAUAACAAGGGCCCAAUUCUUGCAGCCCUAUAUGCUGUUACAGAUCUUAUGCAAGCGCAGAAGUUAGAGAACGACGUCAUUUUCCUCAUCGAGGGAGAAGAGGAAUACGGAUCCAGGGGCUUCGAGGACAUCGUUAAAAGCAACAAGGCCCUGAUUGGCGAUGUGGACUACAUUUUACUUGCUAACAGCUAUUGGCUGGACGACGAAGUUCCAUGCCUGACAUAUGGAUUGCGGGGCGUUUUGCACGCCACCGUCAGUGUAGAAUCUUCCUGGCCUGAUAUUCAUUCUGGUGUGGACGGUUCGUACAUGAUGGACGAACCUCUAUCUGAUCUAACUCUUCUCCUGUCCAAAUUGAAAGGCCGAGGAAAUCGCAUCCAGCUGAAGGGUUUCUACGAUGGAAUACCGCCUCUAACUCCAGAAGAGGAGGCUCGCUAUGAUGAUAUCGCCUCCAUUUUGCUUAAACGCAGUUCCGAGUCCAUCUCUGAGGAUAAGCUGAAGCGGUCACUGAUGGCCAGGUGGCGGGAGCCGAAUCUCACAGUUCACCGCUACAAGGUUUCCGGACCGGACGGCAGUCUCAUCAGUGGGCAAGCUAGUGCACACAUCAGCCUUCGACUUGUCCCAGGACAAGAGGUAGACGAUGUUGCCCGUGAGCUCACUGAAUUCUUGGACCGUGAGUUCGCGGCCAUCGGUUCUCAGAACUGGGUUAGAACUAGCAUCGACAAUAAAGCAGAGCCCUGGCUCGGAGACCCAACCAACGAGAUCUUCCGCACUUUGGAGCAGGCCAUCAUCGAGGCGUGGCCUGCUUGCUUCGAGACUGAUUCACCUGUUCUUAAUGGAGAUGAACUCCCCCGGUCCAUCUCCCCUGUCAAGGCCCUCAAGCCAAGAACGCCUCUAUAUAUUCGGGAGGGUGGAUCCAUUCCCGCUAUUCGGUUCCUGGAAAAGGAAUUUGGGGCUCCGGCGGCGCAUCUACCGUGUGGGCAAGCGAGUGACUCAGCCCACUUAGACAAUGAGAGGCUAAGCAUGGUGAAUUUGUUCAAGGCACGGGAGAUUUUCAGUAAAGUUUUUGAGCGUCUGUAA